AUGAAUGAAAAGGUACCAAACAGAGGACAAUUCCCAUUCAUGCUAAACAAUCCAAAUGUAGUGAUGGGACAUCAUAAUAUAUCACAUGGCGGUUAUUCGAAUAUAGGAUAUCCGUCGUAUCAGCAACAGCAGAUUCUUAUACAACAACAGCACCAACAGCAGCAACAGCAACAACAAUCACACUCAUCCUCCGGUGGUAAUUUCUCAUCGACAACAUCACCUACAACCUCUAAAGAUUCAUCCAGUAGUAAUAAAGAAGCAUCUACCACAGGCACAACUUCAAAAGAUACAUCAUCAUCAUCAUCAUCGUCAUCAUCUUCAAAAGACAACACUUCAUCGUCAUCAACUUCAUCCUCUAAAGACAACUCAUCAUCAUCAUCUUCAUCAUCAUCAUCAAAAGAUACAUCUUCAACAUCAAAAGAAUCAUCAUCAUCAACCACUUCAUCUACAUCGAAAGACAAUAGCUCAUCAUCAAACUCUAAAGAUUCAUCUUCAAAAGAAGCAAAAACCAACACACCCUAUACUCAAUUCAAAAAUUUAUCAGAUGCAACAAAAUACUUUUCAGAAUGUACAUUUAAAGAAUAUCAAGGACACAAGAAGAAAGUUAAUUCCGUGGCGUGGAGUUGUGACGGUAAGAAACUGGCAAGUGGUGGAAUGGAUCAUCUUGUAAAAGUUUGGACAUUAGAUGCACAUAAAUCAAAAGAUUCAAUGGAGUUAAGAGGACAUACAGAUACAAUUGAACAGCUAAAGUGGAGUCCGGUAGCACCGGAUGUUCUGGCAACGGCAUCCUCUGACAAGACCGUGAGAAUCUGGGAUGCCAAGACCGGAAAGUGUACAACGAUAAUCAAUACACCCGGUGAGAAUAUCAACUUGGGAUGGUCACCCGACGGAACGUUGAUUGCGAUCGGCAACAAAGAGGACAAUGUUAGCAUCAUCGAUUUGAAGCGUGCCGAAGAACCAAUCGUAAGAACCUACAAGUAUCAACAUGAAAUCAACGAAAUCAGCUGGGACAACAAAGGUGAGCUGUUCUUCUUGACCACCGGCACCGGUAUACUCGAGGUGAUGGCGUGGAUGCCCGACCAAAAGAAGUACAAUCCACUCAAGUCGAUCAAUGCACACACCUCGAAUCUCUAUACGAUCGAGAUCGAUCCGCUUGGCCGCUACUUUGCGAUCGGUGCUGCCGACUCUGUAAUCACACUCUGGGACAUCGAGGAGAUGUUCUGUGUACGAUCGUUCACCAGAUUGAACCAACCGGUAAGAGCAACCAGUUUCAGUUCCGACGGUCAAUUCUUGGCGUAUUCCUCUGAAGAUCCAAUCAUUGAAAUUGGACAUGUUGAGACAGGACAAGCAGUAUAUCAAGUGAAUCUAGAUGUAGGGUUGAAUUCGAUUGCAUGGCAUCCUACACUUCCAUUGAUUGCAUUCUCUGGUGAAGAUAAAGAUUCUAAAGAUUCAUCUUGUAUAGUCAGAGUAUUCGGUAAAUUCAAUUAA